UUCUUUCUCCUCUCCUCUCGAGGGAUGCCAAGGCCAUGAAACGUGGACGCCAACCAAAACCCACCCGCGCCCGACGCACGCACGCACCAUAAAUAAAUAUAUGCCAUCCAAGGACGGACCUCCUUGUUUGUUUCUUUCCUCCCCAGUCGCCACCCCCGGCCGGCCGCCCAUCCGUCGCCGAUCCAUCCAUCCACCAUCGCCUCACCUCCCACCUCUCACGACUGACUCAUCCCCAUCGCCAUCGCCAUCGCCUUGCCUGCCUGCCUGCCCGUGUGUUGUGUGUGUGUAUAUAUAUAGGCGGCCUGCCAGUGCCAGACUGCCAGCAGCAGACCCCGUCGAUCGACCGACCGACCGACCGCCAUGGCCGUGGACCUGCAGCGCCUGCGCCACAUGCUGCUCGCCACCGGCGCCGGCCACCACCAGCUCACCUCCGCCGCCCCCAUACCCUGUUAUGGCGCCGCGGUGCCGAGUCAGCCGUUUGGGUGCCAGCCGUGCGCGGACGUCUUCGCGCCGCCGCCGACGACGACGACGACGUCGGCCGCGGACCAGUACUCGGAGUUGUUGGCGCUGGCCGCGGCUGAUCUGGCGAGGAAGGGCGACGGCGCCGCUCAGGAAAUGACGUCCGGCAACAAGCGGAGGCGCGUCGUCGACGAGCGGCCGUCGUCCGCGCUCGGCGACGUUCUCGCGGCGCACGCGCAGCAGCAGGCCGUCGCCGUCGACCACAUCCUGCACAGACAUGCGAGGAAGAUGUGGGCUGCUCUGGCGGAGCAGCGGCGGGGCCACCUGCGGCUGAUCGUCUCCGCCGUGGAGGCCAGGGCGGCGAAGCGGCUCAAGGCCAAGGACGACGAGAUCGAGCGGGUCCGGGGCAUGAACUGGGCGCUGGAGGAGCGCCUCAGGAACCUGUUCAUGGAGGCCCAGAUGUGGCGCGACGUCGCGCAGUCCCACGAGGCCGCCGCCAACGUGCUCCGCGGCGACCUGCAGCGGGUGCUCGACGCGCAUGCCGUCCGCGGCGGCGCCGGCGACGGCGACGGCCAGGACGACGCCGAGUCGUGCUGCUGGGGGGAGAACCAGCUGGCGCCCGUCUGCGCGGAGGAGGAGGUGGGCACGCCGACGCCGGCCCUGACAGGGGCCGGAAGGUGCAAGGGGUGCGGCGAGGGCGCGGCCGUGGUGCUGCUGCUGCCGUGCCGGCACCUCUGCGUGUGCGCGCCGUGCGCGGCCUCGGCGCAGGCGUGCCCGUCGUGCGGAUGCGCCAAGAACGGCAGCGUCUGCGUCAACUUUUCGUGAUGCGGGAGGAAUAGUUUCAGAGUAGCGUCGACUUUUUUGUUAGCUUUCUUUUCUUCAUCUCCUUUUUUUUUGGCUCCCCUUCUUUUGUUCAGUUUAGCUUUCUGUUCAAACUGUUGGAUCAGUUUCUCAACAAGAAAACAAAUAGGCUGUAGUAUCUGCAUAUCAAUGCUUGAAAUUAAAUUCAUAGGUUAAAAUUUGAAA